CCGUGUUGAAGGCAUGCAUAUAUUGCGAUAGUUAACCAGCUAGUGGAUAAUUUUAUUAAAACUGUAGUAGAAUUGAAUGUAUGCAAAACCUGUUUGUAUAGCCUGCUGCGAUGGACUGUGGGGGUAUUAAGGCGAUAUUACUUGACUUGGACAACACGCUCAUUGACACAGCGGGUGCUGGUAGAGUAGCCAUUCAGAACGUCACUGAGCUCUUGAAGUCAACUUUAGGCGACAAACACAACAUCAGUGAUAUUUGUGACAGCUUCAAACGGAAGCUCUUCGAUGAGACCUUCGACCCUACUUCUGGGAGGACAAUAGACGAGGUGCGGAUCGGUCAUUGGGAAGAAAGCAUCCACGAGAUUAUGGCUGAAGGUGCCGGCUCCAGUCUUGCCAGCGAGUGCUACUACCUGUGGAAAAACACUCGCCUUGAGCUUCUAACCAUAACGGCUCCAGUACUCACCAUGCUAAAGCUGUUGAGGAAAAAACAAAAACUGCUGCUGCUGACAAAUGGAGAGACCCAGACUCAGAGGGAGAAGGUGGUGGCAGUGGGAUGUGAGGGGCUGUUUGAUGCAGUGGUGGUGGGGGGGGAGCAUGCAGAGGAGAAGCCAGCUCUGUCCAUCUUCUCCCACUGCUUUGGCCUGUUGGGGGUGCAGGCUACAGACUGUGUCAUGGUGGGAGACUCCCUGGACACAGACAUUGCAGGGGGGGCUAAUGCAGGAGUUAGAGCCACAGUGUGGAUCAAUAACACAGGGAGUUCAUCUGAGGGUUUGACCAAACCAGAUUACACAAUUCCCUCUGUGCUGGACUUACCAGAAGUGCUGGCCAAGUUGGAUGAAACUGCUGACAAGUGAUUCUACAGGAAACAAUGUCAGAACAAAUUAAAUUGAUUGUUUUCCAGAGACCGGUUUCUCGUAAAAGGGAUUUUGAAAAUUAAAUCAUCUGGUUUGCUUUCA